GAGGACCCUCAGCAGAUGUUGAAGUGGCAGGCCCACCUGGAGUUCACCCACAACCAUGACGUGGGGGACCUCACCUGGGACAAGAUCGCAGUCUCCCUGCCCCGCUCGGAGAAGCUCCGCUCCCUGGUGCUGGCUGGCAUCCCUCACAGCAUGAGGCCGCAGCUGUGGAUGCGGCUCUCAGGGGCCCUGCAGAAGAAGCACAGCUCGGAGCUGUCAUACCGCGAGAUGGUGAGGAAUAGCUCCAACGAUGAGACCAUUGCCGCCAAACAGAUCGAGAAGGACCUGCUCCGUACCAUGCCUAGCAACGCCUGCUUUGCCAGCGUCGGCAGCGUUGGGGUGCCACGUUUGCGCAGGAUCCUCCGGGCCCUGGCCUGGCUCUACCCCGAGAUCGGCUACUGCCAGGGCAUGGGCAUGGUGGCCGCGUGCCUCCUGCUGCUCCUGGAGGAGGAGGACGCCUUCUGGAUGAUGUGCGCCAUCACCGAGGACCUGCUGCCUGCCUCCUACUUCAGCACCACCCUGCUGGGGGUGCAGACGGACCAGCGCGUCCUGCGUCACCUCAUCGUCCAGUACCUGCCCCGACUGGACAGGCUGCUCCAGGAACACGACAUUGAGCUGUCCCUCAUCACGCUGCACUGGUUCCUCACGGCCUUCGCCAGUGUGGUGCCCCUCAGGCUGCUGCUGCGCAUCUGGGACCUGUUCUUCUACGGGGGCUCCCUGGUGCUCUUCCAGACCACGCUCGGCAUGCUCCGCCUCAAGGAGGAGGAGCUGAUCGAGUCAGAGAACUCGGCCUCCAUCUUCAACACACUGUCGGACAUCCCGUCUCAGAUCGAGGAUGCAGAGCUGCUGCUGGGGACGGCCAUGCGGCUGGCUGGCUCCCUCACGGAUGUGGCUGUGGAGACGCAGCGUCGCAAGCAUCUGGCCUACCUCAUUGCAGACCAGGGCCAGCUCCUGGGGACCAGCACCACCACCAAUCUCUCUCAGGUGGUUCGGCGCAGGGCCCAGCGGAGGAAGUCUGGUAUCACCUCCCUGCUCUUCGGGGAGGACGACCUGGAGGCUCUCAAGGCCAAGAAUAUCAAGCAGACGGAGCUGGUGGCCGACCUCCGAGAAGCCAUCCUGCGUGUGGCCCGCCAUUUCCAGUGCACAGACCCCAAAAACUGUAGUGUGGAGCUGACCCCAGACUACAGCAUGGAGAGCCACCAGCGGGACCACGAGAACUACGUGGCAUGUUCACGCAGCCACCGGCGCCGUGCCAAGGCCCUGCUAGACUUCGAGAGACACGACGACGACGAGCUGGGCUUCCGCAAGAAUGACAUCAUCACGGUCAUUUCCCAGAAGGACGAGCACUGCUGGGUGGGGGAGCUGAAUGGCCUGCGAGGCUGGUUUCCAGCCAAGUUUGUGGAAGUCCUGGAUGAGCGGAGUAAAGAGUACUCCAUCGCAGGAGACGAUUCUGUGACUGAGGGUGUCACAGACCUUGUGCGUGGAACCCUCUGCCCGGCCCUCAAGGCCCUGUUUGAACACGGGCUGAAGAAGCCGUCCCUGUUGGGUGGCGCCUGCCACCCCUGGCUGUUCAUUGAGGAGGCAGCAGGCCGGGAGGUGGAGAGGGACUUCGACUCCGUGUACUCCCGUCUGGUGCUCUGUAAGACGUACAGAUUAGACGAAGAUGGCAAAGUCCUGACGCCGGAGGAGCUGCUGUACCGGGCGGUGCAGUCGGUGAACGUGACCCAUGACGCGGCCCACGCACAGAUGGACGUGAAGCUUCGCUCCCUCAUCUGCGUGGGCCUCAAGUGA